GACCUCUCUCUCACACGCACCAAAGCGACUCUGUUGCUUGCAACCUUGCAAGAAAAGAAGACCGUAAUCUCCUCGUGAGUGAUCUCGUACUCACUCCGCUGUCCAAAAGCAACAGGCGAAGGAGAGAGAGAGAGAGAGAGAGCCGGAAAAGGGGAGGAAAAACUGGAAAGGAAGACGAAAAAGCUUGCUAUUUCACUACUUCGCCUCACACCAGCAGCACCUCCAUUCCGAUUUCGAGGCAGAAAGGAAGGUUUUUGAGAGGUGAAACAGAGGAAGACGGACGGGAAGAGAGGGUAGACGAGGGGAAGGUGGGGGGAUCUGAGGAGGGGUUGGUGGUGGCAAGGGGGAGGGUCCGGGAUGACGUCGGGAGGGGGUCGGCUUCCGACGUGGAAGGAGAGGGAGAACAACAAGCGGCGGGAGCGGCGCCGGAGGGCGAUCGCCGCCAAGAUCUUCACUGGGCUGCGGACGCUUGGCAACUACAAGCUGCCGAAACACUGCGACAACAACGAGGUCCUCAAGGCCCUCUGCCGCGAGGCCGGGUGGGAAGUCGAAGAUGAUGGCACUACCUACCGAAAGGGAUUCCACCCGCCACCACCGGAGGCUGCAGCAGGAGGCCUUUCGACGAACAUAAGCCCACUGUCGUCUUCGUUCCCGAGUCCUGUCCCGUCCUACCAUGCAAGCCCAUCCUCCUCCUCCUUCCCGAGCCCUAGCCGCCUCGAUAACUCUAACGACCAUUCUGUCAGACCCUCUUGCCUCCUCCCGUUCCUCCGCAAUCUGUCCACCCUUCCGCCUCUUCGAAUCUCUAACAGCGCACCCAUUACGCCGCCCAUCUCCUCCCCGACCGCCUCCCGCCCACCUAAGAUUAGGAAACCGGACUGGGACUACAGUUCAUUCCCCCAUGCUCUGUUCGCUGCCUCUGCUCCUGCUAGCCCGACCCGAGGCUGCCUUCACGGGCAACAACCCUCGACAAUACCUGAAUGUGAUGAAUCUGAUGCCUCCAGUGUUGGUUCUGGCCGCAGGAUCAACUUCCAGAUGACAGCUCCAGCAUCGCCGACCUACAACCUCGUCAACCCGGGUGCCAUGUCAAGUUUUCCAGGAGGAGAGGUGCUAGAGAAGGGGCGAGGGGGCAUGGAGUUCGACUUCGAGAGUGGUAGGGUGAAAGCUUGGGAGGGGGAGAGGAUCCAUGACGUUGGACUGGAUGAACUUGAGCUCACAUUGCGACUUGGAAUCAUGGCGCCCAAGUGAAAGUGAAUGUGAAAGUGCUUGAGCUAUCUUUUGGCUUCUUGAUGUGAAGUUUGUAAUCUCGUACUGAUGCACUAAGCCUACUUAAGCAGAAAUCUUGAUGGUUUGUUCUCUUUCAA